AUGUAUAAUCCCUCCGUUAAUCCGAAUGAAACAAAUUACACACAUAACUCGGAAAUUCAUGAAAUUAAAUCUAACAUGGAGUGUUUUGCCAAUUCUGUCAACCGAAAAUUAGAGGUCAUUAGCAAUGAAAUAUCUAGCAUCAAAGAGUUUAAAGCUUACUCUAUACUGUCAUUAGAAGAAGUCGUUAGUGAUUUGAAAAAGGAAAAGCUGGUGCUGAGCAACAAGAAUGAUAAAUUAGAAAAAGAAAAUACAGAUUUAUGUGUAUCUUUGUCAGAGCUUCGAGCUAAGGUGAUAGACCUUCAAGAUGAAAAAGCAAGCCUACUAACCGCAAUGAAGUUAAUCCAACGGGAAGGAAAAGAUGAACUAGAAGAAAAUAAAAAAAGGAUUGAAGCCCUGGAAAACGAGAAUAAUAACCUAAGAGAUGAAAAGCUCGGAUUCACCAGAGUGAUGAAACGGAAAAAGAAAAUGGCUACCAUUUCUUCUCCUGAAGCUACUAGCUCAUUGAAAGUAAAGAAUCAGUUUGAAGUUUUAAGCUCUGAACAGGAGGACGAGGAAGAGAUUUACGAAACGAAGGCUAAAUCAUCGACUUUCUCACAGAAAGAAAUUGCGGUCAAUAACAAUAUAACCUCAAAAGAUCCGCGCUCCCAGAAUGAAAGUACUUCCUCUCAACCCGACUCAUUAUCAAAUAUUACCCCAACUCAUCAUACUACAGCCAAAAGUAACAGCGACAUCCCGAUCCUAAUUAUCGGCGAUUCUAUCAUCAAACAUAUUGAUCCUAAAAAGAUCUCCCGAAAGAAAACUAUUAAACGCACGUUUCCUGGCAAAACCGCAGAACAAAUAAAAAGUGGAAUCUAUGGAGGUUGA